AUGUCAGAGUUCAAGGCAGGUAACGCAGCAAAGGGUGCAGGAUUAUUUAAGACAAGAUGUGCGCAAUGCCAUACCGUCGGCACUGGUGAAGGCCACAAAGUAGGCCCAAACCUCCACGGUAUCUUCGGUAGAAAGACCGGUCAAGCUGAAGGCUACUCAUACUCAGACGGCAACGUCAAGAAGGGUAUCACCUGGUCAGAACAAACCUUGUUCGAGUACCUUGAAAACCCAAAGAAGUACAUUCCAGGUACUAAGAUGGCCUUCGCUGGUCUCAAGAAAGCCAAGGACCGUAACGACCUUGUCACCUGGCUCAAAGAAUCAACCGCUUAA